AUGAAAUUCUAUACCCUCGUGGACAUACCUACCCAGAGAUUAUUAUUACAACAAGUAUAUCAAUUAAUAUCAGUAAGAACACCACAAGAGUGCUCAUUUAUAACGCCCCCACCGUUAUUAGAAGAUCUAGAUGACAUAAAAGUGAUCUACAGACACUAUGCCACCUUAUAUUUUGUAUUUAUAGUAGAUGACCAAGAGAGUGAAUUAGGUAUACUAGACUUGAUCCAAGUGUUUGUUGAAUGUUUAGACAAGUGCUUCACUAAUGUAUGUGAAUUGGACUUAGUUUUUGGAUGGCAAGUAUUGCAAACGGUCCUAGAGGAGAUCGUACAAGGUGGUAUGGUCAUUGACACCAAUAUUCAACGAAUUGUGGCUGCAGUGGAUGAAGCAAAUAGUCAGAAACUAUCAGGUACGACUGGCAGAAAUACGGGGUUUUUACUGGGUUUAUCAAAAGAGGGUGGCUUCAGCUGGAGAAGAACGUAG